UUAAUUUACUUUAUGUUUUAUCAAAACAGUCUUUCCACUUGCACUACUCUUCCCACCAUCUUCUUAAAUUUGUUCUUCUAAGUUCUAACCUAUAAAACCAAACCCUAAAGUCCUCAACUCUCUCACCAUCUCCACCAUGAAAGGAAGGAAGAACCACCAGCAUGAUCAGCUCAUGAGCCCUGCCAACAGCCCUCCAUCGGACGCAGACUCCGGCGGCGGAGCCGGCGGCGGAGCCACCUCUUCCAAAGAGCAAGACUGCUUCCUCCCCAUAGCCAACGUGAGCAGAAUCAUGAAGAAGUCCCUCCCUGCCAACGCAAAGAUCUCCAAAGAAGCCAAGGAGACGGUGCAGGAGUGCGUGUCGGAGUUCAUAAGCUUCAUCACCGGCGAGGCCUCUGACAAGUGCCAGAGAGAAAAGAGGAAGACCAUCAACGGAGAUGACCUUCUCUCUGCCAUGACAGCACUUGGUUUUGAUAACUAUGUUGCCCCUCUUAAGAUAUAUCUCAAUAAGUAUAGAGAGACCGAAGAUGAUAAAAGCUCGAUGCCGGCAAAGCAAGGUAGUAGUAGUACUGAUGAGGGUGGAACCAUGAAUGGUAAACUUUUAGGGUUUGGUGGUUUUCAUGGAGGUGGAAGUGCAAAUGGUGGUGGAGCUUUUUCCAGUCAUGUUAAUGGAGGAGUUCAGUGGUAGUGCAUAUAGACGCACUAAUAACAGUGCAUGCAUGGAUGCAUGCAUGCAUGGAUAUAUAUAUAUAUAUAGUACUGUAUUCUUAUUCUUGACUUUGUUUCUGUCUUUCAAUAAUGUUCUGGUUUUUAAAGAUAAUUAUUACCUUUUUCUUUA